UGCAGCAGUAGUACAAUGGCUGAUAAAAUGGGAACAUUUGCACCAAGAUGAAGCUACUUGGGAAGACUAUGAUAGGAUAGUUAAGCAGUUUCCAGAAAUAAAAGCUUGGGGACAAGCUUUGGAGAAAGGAGGGGGCAAUGUUACAAUUAAGCCUUCUUUAUUUGGGCCUAAGUAGAUUUGAUGGGCCACUUGUAUAUCCAUUUCUUUCUUUGUUGUUUGUUAUAGUCCAAUUACUAGUAACCGAAUGGUAGUUAGUCGGUUGAGGAUUGUAUAAAGGUUGGCUGUAUCAUCAGAACGGGGCAUUGCUGAGCUAAUAAACUUCUUCUUCCUUAUUCCUUCUUGCUGCUAUAUCCAUCUUUUUCUGUUUGUUAUGAAUGUAUUUCUCUCUUCUUGCUACGUUCAUAACAGCAGAUUACUAAAAAUGCUCAAGAAACUCACUCAGGCUACGAAGCGACGCCAAGUGCAGACUUUAAUAAUGCUAUACAAAUCAUCAACAAUACAGACCUUCUGCAGUCUUCGCCUCCGUGAUUCGCAUUACAUUCUGGACGAAGACGGCGGAUACCGGCCGGCUCUGUUCCGGACGGUUGACUAUGGCGCCUAUCAAAACCAAACAUCUGAUGACAAAAUUUUCAUGGAGGAUCGAAAGAUUCUCGCAGUUAGGUGCUGAAGAGCUACACUCCGUGACGUUUGUCGUGAAUGAGUACCAAUGGUAUAACCAACAAUUGAAAAUUAGUGAAAUAUGUUUUUCUAUUUAGAAAAUUGUGUGUAAUGAUAUGUUUCUAGACUCAUUAUUUUGGUCAUUUGUUUAUUGUUCUCGUCUUUUCUCCGCCAAAUCCGAGACCAGUCCUUCAAUCAUGUCAUCCUAGGUAAUAUCCAUGGCAGGAAAAAGGAAACGAUUCCUAAUGAAAGGAAGAGAUAAAUAGGAGUAGUUGUUGCCUAGUUCUAGCCCUCCCCUCCCUGAAUUACUUUAUACUUCUGGCUAUACAGCAGGUAGAUUAGGCUUGUGAUUGGUGGAAGGAUUAAUGCAUGACCAAAUUUUGUAAAUGAAUGAUUAUUAUUAUCGAAUCUGACUAAAUUAAAAUUUUGGGAUUAAAUUUAGUAGUACCACAAUCGUGUGGGGGAUUUUCUAAUACUACCGCAGUUUUUCCUUUCAAAAAAAUACCACCACAUUUUUUUACACUUCCGAAAAAUCCACCCAUCUUCUUUAGGGACUGCAUGCUUUUAAUCAAGAUCACAGGUAACACCUUUAAUUCUGCAGGAAGUUGGUUCUUUAUCCGAAAGGAGAAGGUAGAGAUUAUCUAUCUAUGUAUCUUGUUGUUGCUAAUCCAUCUAGCUUGCCCAAUGGCUGGAGCAUACCAACAAAAUUCAAUCUUGCUCUUAUUAACCAGAUAGACAGCAACGAAACCAUAAAGCAAGAGGAGGAAUAUACGCUCAACGCUCAAGAAAUUGGUUUUGGCUCCCCCGAAUUUAUCCGACUUGCUGAAUUUCAUGAUAGUGCUGCAGGUUAUCUAGUGAACGAUACAUGUUUGAUUGAAGCUGAAGUAUAUGUGAAUGACGACUCUCUGGCGUCCACAGAUAAGGCUUGGAAUUCAUCUGUUACCAUUGAUCCUGUGGAGUCUGUGUAUGUCCAUGCUAAUUCGUUUCUCCGGUCAUUACCCAAAAAACCAUCCACCUUGGUACCUAUUGCUACACCUGAAGUGCCCAAAGCCAAUCCAACUUUUGCUAAAGACAUCUUUGACAAACUCAUAUCAUACCCUUUGGAUGCUUUAGCUGAUCCCAAGCAUGAAAGUGCGUUGGUAGAGUCGUUGUCAGUGCUUACCAGUAACCUUUCUUUUUUUAGCGAUGUACAAGCUAAAGAAAUUAUGAAGUUGAAAGCUACUAUUCCUCACAUAAUGCAAGAGUGGAGAGACUCCAUUCAAGUCAAGGAGAGUAGUUUGCAGCUUUGGAUAACUUUUGAGAAGACCGAUAUUUUGCUCCAAGAUUUAGUGGAAAUGGAGGACAGAAUAAACUAUAAAGACUAAUCUUGAAGAGCUAAAUACCAAAGAAAAGGAAAUGGAAGCUCAGCUGGAGAUAAUUAAAAGCCAAAGUCAACGACGGAAGUUGGAAAAAGAAGAACUAUCAAAGCAGACGAAGAAAGUUCACUCUCUUGCAAAGGAACAGGCUAUGAAAAUUGAAAGCAGAGAGUUAGAGGUAGACUAUGCUGAUAAAAAGAUGAAGGGCUUGAAGUCAAGGUGGGAUGCAAUGACACGUCACUUUGUGUGAGAAGUAAUGGGGAUGUCUACAAUAGCGUUUGUUUGAGAAAUGCCAUUGUAGACACUGCACACGGAGUAGUAAACAAUCACAAUGUUAGAGAAUUGGAGGUCAUUUAGUUGUGCUUCUUUUAAGGUCAUUUGAUUUGGUCUAGUCUGAUAUGUAUCUAUUUAAUAUGCAUUUUACUGUCAUCUCAUCUAGUGUGAUCUAGAAGACAAAUCAAUCCAAUUAAGAACACAUUCCCUUGUUUGUCCCAUGAACAUUUCAUAUAAUUAGCUUGUGAGUUAUCAUAUAUAUUGCAGAUUAUUAACCAUGAUUGAUUUUGUAGGCACACGAGAUGCCACCACAUCGACUAGCCUCAUUGAAUCUCCAUUCGAUCAUGCUCCUUUUGUGAGCUUGAUAGAUGAUGGAAUGGUGACUGCGGUUGUUGAUAAGCCUUCACUAAGAAAUGAUGUAGGAGGGCAACCGACAGAACACUUAAUCAAGGAACAGGGCACACACAAAUUUGUCGAAGUGAACUAUCUUUAAAGUGUAAUCAACACUAAUAUUGUCAUAAUAAAUCAUUUUACCGUGACGAAUUUAAGUUUUGUUACUAUUGCAUCACUCUUCCGAUGUGACAAACACGAAUAUUGUCACAAUAAAUCAUGUUACUGUGACGAAUUUAAGUCUUGUAACUAUUGC